GUCUGACACUGGCUUUCAGCAGGUCCCUCCUCCUCUGCACAGCAGGAAUGUGAAAUGCACCUGAACUGGAUCCAGCAUGAGGAAGAAUGACUGCGGGAAAUCGCCAACCCACCUGUUCCGGGACACAAGUUUCACAAAUCAAAACCCAUUCAUUUCAUUAAUCUCAGUCAGCCGUGGAGAAGUUCAAACGAGCAGCUGGUGAAGUUGGACAGCCAUGGACGAGUGCUGCGUGUCUGCGGAAGAGGCGGAGAGGCUGAGGAUCCACCGGGAGAUAGAGAAACAACUGCGCCGCGACAAGAGGGAGUCUCACCGGGAGCUCAAGCUGCUGCUAUUAGGGACCGGUGAGAGUGGGAAGAGCACUUUCAUCAAACAGAUGAGGAUCAUCCAUGGCAGCGGAUACAGUGACUCUGACAGGAAAGGUUUCACUCGCCUGGUGUUUCAGAACAUCAUCACAGCCAUCCAGGCGCUGAUCCAGGCCAUGAUGACGCUACAGAUCGAUUACAUGGAUGACAACAACAUCCAUCACGCAGAGAAGCUGACCCAAGUAGAUACAACACAAGUGUCCACCUUAGAGCCUUGGCAGGUGGACGCCAUCAAGAGAGUAUGGAACGACCACGGAGUUCAACAGUGCUAUGAUCGCAGGAGGGAGUUCCAGUUGUCAGAUUCUACCAAAUACUACCUGAGCGACUUGGACAGAAUCACAGCUAUAGAGUACAUCCCCACCCUGCAGGACAUCUUGAGGGUCAGGGUCCCCACCACAGGCAUCAUAGAGUACCCCUUUGACCUUUCAAAAGUCGUCUUCAGGAUGGUGGAUGUUGGAGGCCAGCGUUCAGAGAGGAAGAAAUGGAUCCACUGCUUUGAGAACGUCACCUCGAUCAUUUUCCUUGCUGCCCUCAGCGAGUACGAUCAGGUCCUUUAUGAGAGCGAGAAUGAUAAUCGACUGAAUGAGAGCCUUGCCUUGUUCAAGACCAUCCUCUCAUACCCGUGGUUUCAAGAGUCCUCCACCAUCCUGUUUCUGAACAAAACAGACCUGUUAGAGGAGAAAAUCACACAGUCACAUCUGGCUACCUACUUCCCAGCCUAUAACGGGCCUCAACGUGACGCUGAAGCAGCGAAGACGUUCAUCCUGAAAAUGUACGUGGAGCGACAUGGCGGGCGUCAUAAACCUCUUUACUCACACUACACCUGCGCCACAGACACGGAGAACAUCCGGGUCGUCUUCAGAGCAGUCAGAGAUACACUGUUCAGAGAUAACCUUGAAAAGUUCAACCUGGAAUAACUGAGGUUGUUGGACAAAGCUGUGAUUUCACCUUUAGGAUCAAGAAAACUGGUCACAGUCACAUCUUGUAACACUUUGAUGGACUUUAUAUGUUUUGUGCUGUCAGUUGCAGCUUUUAAAAACACACUAAAGAGCCAAUCAGACCGCAGUCAGGUAAGGUGCUUUUAUUUCGUUACUGUACCAGACAGUAAGUGCCAUUUUUUUUUGUUUCAGCUUUACAGUUUAUCAUAAAUGGUAAUUAGUAUAUUUUCUAUUGCUACAUGAGAGAAACGGACAGCUGCAACAUCAGUUAACUGUAGUGCAGAGCUAUUACAUGCGGGUUCUUUUAUUACAUUACUGUUUGACAGAGUCAGCAAAUGGUAUUAGACUGGUUUAACAAAGUCUUAUCAUGCAAGAAUGUAACACAUCCGGCCUUACCGCUCAGGGGGAAGGAAGUAAUAGAAUAUGCUGCAGAGAACCACACUGCCUGACUGGCUUUAGUUUAUUUUUGCUAAUGUUUUUAUGUGUGUAAGAACCAUGUAGCCCAGGGAUACUCAACUUGAUUUGCCCAGGGGUCGCUUUUGCAAAAUGACAGUAGGCCAUAGGCCAGUUCAUAAACAAACAAUAAUAUUAAUCAGAUGAAAUGAAUAAACAUUCAAAUGCCCAAAGCUCAUAUUUCAAAUUAACUGAGUUGCAGCCAAGGGGCAUUAUUGGACAUUCACUGUCUAAACAAACAAAAAAAAAGUUUGUUUGAGUAUGAAUCAGUUUAUGGUCGGCAGACCAGCCGGCACCUUGUCCUUGACCUGAUUUGGUCUGUGAGCUUUAAGUUGAGUAUCACUGUUGUAGCCUUUGAAAUAAUUCUUUUUUACACUAAUCUUCACUAAAUAUAAAAAAUAAAACCACAUGUAAUGUGUGUUUCUGAACAACCUCAA